ACAAACCAGAACAAAACAAAACAAGACAUCAGCAGAAGAGGAGGUGGCAGUGAUGUGUGAAGAAUUCAAGUUAUCCAAUUAAAUGAAAGCCUUUUAAUUUUUUUAAGCUGUGAUCAGAGCUGAAGCGUUUACUUCUUUCUCUCUCUGUGAGCCUCUACAGUUCUGCUGUUGAAGACAUGUUUACAGAUCUGCUCUGCCUCUCACACAGCUUCCAAAGGAGAGAUUCCCCUGUGGAGAUGAUCAUGUCAAGGCUGCUUGCUCUACGGCUCUCUGCCCGUAGCUGUUUCACUGACAGGGGGCUGUAGUGCCACAUGUUUGACACUAAUCAAAUCAGUUCAGUUUAUUUGUGUGCCUCCAAUUCACCACAAAUGCUAUAUCAAGGCACUUUACAGGGCAAACCGAUCAAAUUCACACGAAGAAUUACAUAUAAUGAGACCAAUCCAACCCAAUACAGAUAUAUAGAAAGAUUCAAAUGUAACCACAUACAUUCCAAUCUGGUAUUAGCUUUAUAUCAAUGACGUCGAAUUCAGUUUAAAAUCGUUUAAUCCACAAAUCAGCAGAAUCAUAGCUAGGUCAUCUGGAUUUAUUUUCAUUUUAUGGUUGCAUGGUUUUUAUGUUCGCAGAAAUGUCAGAACGGAAAAAAAAACAAUAACCCUUUUUCCGAAACCUCAACUUUCAGUGUGUGGCAGUUAUUCAGUGUUUUUUUUCACCGAGUAAUAACAGUUAAAAGGCCAGAACAAAACCAAAAAACCAAAAACCACUGAAAAACACGUAGGAUUCCAUCUGUACUGACUGGAUGGUAACCAGAGAGUUAAGAUUUAUUUCUUUUUAUUCAACUUGACCUGAAGCUAAUUCUAGCUAUAGUUUUAUCGUACCUUUAGACUAUAAAAUAAUGUUAUUUACGAUAUUCAAUUAGAUUUAAUGUCAUAAUUAAUAUUAAUUUAUACCAGUUUGUUUGAAACAGUUGCACAUUUUAACUAGCUUAUAUUUAAUCAAUUUAAUUAUUUUGUGAUCUGUUUUUAACAUUUAUUAGAAUUUUGGAGUGUAUGCUUUUUACAAUUUGUAUGUCUACCUCUAGUGUCUUUUCAACAAAACUGCAUCUUAAUUCCUCAAUCCAUCACCACAAUGCACUGUAUGUUGUCCUUGUGUGCCUUAAAAGUGUUCUAUGAAUAAACACUGACUGAACGAUCGACUGAUUACAUAUAAUGCUAAAUGCUAAACGUUAUCUAUAUAAGGAAGCCCAGGCAAUCGCAUCAACACAGUGACUUUGAAGCAAUCCCUCCUCCUGAGCAACAAUGUAGCGACAGUAGAAAAACAUAACACUGUGAUGCUCACUAAUGAGCUUACUUCUUCUUGGUUAUGGGCCAUACUAAAGUUAGGGCAUGGUGAUGCAGUGACCUUAUUCUAGCUAUUUUUGAGGACAGGAUGUAACCUUAUUUAUCACCAGGGGUUAACAUAUCACAGUUAUACUAAAGGCUGAAAUACACAGACUGAAUUCUAUUAUUUAAGACACCCACAAAGAUCAGCUAAACUGGAUAACGCCAAACCAGGAAAAUAUCCAUUUUCAAAAUGUGUCCAGUACAGAAAGUUUGGUUGAAAUGACACAGAGAUGAAAUACUCUCGAUGCAUGGUGCUCUACAAGUGACAUUUAUGUUUGUUAUGUAUUUGCUGACUGAAAUGGACAGAUAAAAAAAAGCUUCAGAAAAAUUUGUCGUCGGGGCUAAAUCAGGGUUCACGCUUUGAAUGUAAACUCAUGAACAGAGCAGAGAAAAGACUGCAACAUUCAAAGUGACAAAUGAGACAAGACAGAGAUGGGAGCGUUAACCCGGUUAUGUCACCGUCCUUAAAACACGACAAAAUCUCAAAUUACGACCACGCAUAAUCAAACUAUACAACACAUGAUGCAGCCCUUAUCUUCAUUCAUGUUCGUGCGAGGCUUAUGUGAGAACAUUUUAAUAGACGUACUCUCAUACUUGAGCGUCAGAGAGCUCGUCAGAGCUGGGAGAGUGUGUAAGAGAUGGAAACGCCUGGUUAAAGACCAAAGAUUAUGGAGAACAGUAGAUCUGACUGCAUGGAAAGGGGUGACAUCCCGGAUCCUUUGGGUCCUUCUACGUCAGUACCUGGGUUGCGGACUGAGGUGCCUUCGCUUACGUGGUUUGCUGCUGUCUGCCCGAGGCGGCACCUUUCUCUCAGAGUCUUGGCUCAAAGCUUUGUCCACCAAAUGUCCCCGCCUGAAUAAACUUGCUCUUCUGCAUGCCGACCUCAGAAGCUUACCAAACUGCCAGAUCCUGCCCCGAUCUUUGCGGGUGCUGGAGCUGCGUGGCUGUGAGCUGCCUCGUAGUUUUUUCAGCCAGAACCUUCCUACUUCACCUGCUCGACCCCAUGAAGCCACGUCUAGUGUUGUUGCUCAACAGCAAAGAGGUUGUCAGAAAGGAAAAGGGCUUGUUUCACCUACAGGAAUUGGUGUGGAGAGGUUGGUCCUCAAUAAUGUCCCAUCUUUUACAGACCAGCAUCUACUGAAUCUAGCAUCGUGGGAGAAGCUCAGUCGACUGGAGUUACGUGAUACCUUUCGUGUUACAGCAAACGGACUUAGGAACUGUGCAGCCAAAGAAGGGCUCUCAGGCCUGGAGGGGAUUUCAAGACUCAAAUAUCUUGAAAUAGGCAUUACAGGACGGCAGGGCUACCAGUUACAAAUGGCCUCCCUUGGACUGGGGGCUGGGUGGCUUGGACUGGAAGAGCUGAGUCUUGGUGGGAAGGAGGUGGGCCCGGGCUUGCUCUGUGCCAGUCGUCUGAAGGACCUGAAAUGUCUGCACCUCUGGGCCUGCACGCUCAGCGAGCUGCAGAUUGUGCGGAGCUGCAGGAUGCUCCGCGGGCUCCGCCAGUUAGAGUUUUUAGAUGUCAUCUUCCAGCCUAGGCAGAGUCCACCUGCAGGAGAAGGACAGGGCCAGGAAGGUGGUGAGGAGCAGCAGAAUGAGGAGGAAGGUACUGGUGGAGAAAGUAAUGAUGAGAACAGGACACUGGAUGGGACUGAUCCCUUCCCGAGUCUGCGCCGCUCACUGGCUGUCCUGUUGCCGUCAUGCUCGCUGGUUUUUACUAACUGCUCUGUUCAGAUAAAUGUAGACUGAAUCUAUUCAAGUGGCCAGCAAACAUUUAUUCCCUUUAUAGGACUUAAAACAGUUUGUCAUUGGAAAGUUUUGGAGUAUCUUUAGACAAGACAGAGAACCAAGUGGUCAUUGUAAAUGAGAGUUAGUUCUCAACUGACCUACCUGAUCCAUGACAAUAUACUGUGGCGUAACAAUUUGUGAAUGUGUUUUUUCCAAAUUUUUCAAAGUAAUAGAAAAAAUUUUAGUAGAGCAUUUUGAUUGGUUUCUAUUAUAAAGGUAUUUUAGUUUUAUUGGAACUAGAAAAGAACCUUAUCAAUAUAGAUCAUUUAGCAUUUCAGUCAUACUUCCUUAUGUUUCUUUAGUCUGAUGAAUAUAAUUACCGAAAAAGGGGUUAAUUGUGUCAUGCAAACAACCUUCCUCAGAUGCCACAAACUCAAACAUAUUUCGGACAAUUACAUUAAAUACAAAAAUAGAAACAAAGGAUAUUAUUAUUAAGAAAAUGUAAAUUGUAUUUUUCAGAUUUCAUAGUUAGAUUUUUAGAAGAUCACACUUUUUUUUUUAAAGCUUUUUGACUAGCCUGAUCACUUUGAUAAAACAGCCUCUGGGUUGCGUGUUAGUUCCUCAAGUAUCAAACUGUUCAAAGUAUUAUUUUUCUGCAUCACCAACCAGUCAGUUUUAAUAAGUAACUGAGGUUAUUACACAAGGAGAAAUAUGUUUUCACAUGAGAAAAAAAAUCAUUUUCAGACUUAUUUAUGCAAGACAAAGCAGAACAUUCACUUGCUAGCUGUCAGCAGAUAUGCAGGUGUUUGAGUCCAAUUACUGAAGAAGCUGUAAGAAACAAUCCACCUGUUUCCUGUUGCCUAACUGCUUUCUUACAUUGUAUACAGUCCAAAAAACGUAUAUUUCCUUAUGUUUAAGUUGUGUUAAAAAUGCGAGGCAUAACAUUUUAAUGAUUCUCUGUUCUUUCACUGAGUCUUAAGUGUUAAGGGCCAUGAAAAGAAAAAUUGCAUCACUGUCUUUAUUACCAAAAACAAAUCAUGGAAGAUCUGUAUUAUAAAUCUAAAUCAUGUUGCAUUUGAAUUGAAAUGUUGUAACGGUAAAAUUGUUUCGAAUAUUUUUUUUAACAAUUAAAUUCUGAAUCAUAAAUUA